AGAGAGAGAGAGAGAGAGAGAGAGAGAGUGCGGAUUGAAAGAGACGUCGCGAUGAGGUGGUGUACGCUGCUGUUCUCGCUCGGGGCUCUGGCCCUGGCCGGAUGCUCCGCGGCGCCGACCGCGAGCUCUCGCUCCUCAGUUCCACCAGCCGAUCAGUGCGAUUGGACUGGCAGUGGCGGUGGUGGCAAAGGCGUUCGCCCGGUCUACCUGCGCUGCUCUCGCGGCACCGUCUCCUGGCGCUAUCCCCGGGGCGCUCUGAGGGUCGUCCUCUCCGGUGGUGAGAGCUCCCGGGGCUUCCGAGGCUGCGUCAAGGCCACGGGCCCCGCGCGCGUCUACCUCGAGGGCAAGGGCAGCCUGCGGCUGAUGUACGCCCCGGGCGACGGCAAGCACGAGGCCCUCCAUCGAUGCUUUCGCUCGCGAGGCCAGAUCGCCGCCCUCUACGUCGAGGCCGACGAGCUCGCGCCGGCCGCGGGCAGGGUCAAGGUCAAACUUCACUACGACCUGGAGCUGCAGCAGCCGGAAGAGGAAGAUGAGAAUGAGGAGGGGGGUGCCGAAUGCCGGCCGUGCAGCAGGGAGGAGCUCGCCAAGGCCUACUGCCAGAGCGACCUCGUGGCCAGGGGCACCGUCAGCGCCGUCGAGAGACGGCCCGAGCUCGAGAGCGCCGAGCUCCUGCUUAGGGUCACCAAGACGCUCAGGCGCAUCGACGAGAACGAAGACAACGAAAUCGACUCGGUCGACCCUCGAUUGACGAAGGAAGUUCGAAUUCGAGUGCCAACGGUCUGUGAUGCCAGGCACGGACAAGGCGAAUUUGUGAUAAUGGCGAAGAAACGACUAGGAGAUCUCGCGCUAUCUUGCGCUCCAAGAUUGGAGGAGUGGGCAGAGGCCGUUCGAGAAAUGGAGAGCGCACCAUGCGUACUGAGGAGUUAGCAGAGGAAAAUAGGGAACCGGCAGUCGUCGGAGCUCCUCAAUAGCCCGCGAAACUCCCUAAUAUUAACACGAAGAUUAUUUACGAACGCGUAGUUGUGUGUAAUUGGUACGUCUCUGGCGCUUUAAUAUGUAAUUAUUAUUACGUAAUUU